AUGGAUUCUUGUAAAUCGAGUCUCUAUCAAGUUAUCGACCCUUCAAUGUAUGCAGAAACACUCUAUGGCAGCCGACAUGGCUCGACACAACCCGAAGCCAGCCGUCAGUCUUUCGGAGAACACACGUCCACAUGCGGUUUCAGACGAGAAUAUACAUAUAAGCCACCACCUGGAGCUUUGCAGAAUAACUUCGAGUCAUGGGUGUUGGACGGCCCAUCAUGUGAUAGUCCUCUGUCAACGUGUUCCUCCCAAAGUCCAUCCGAAGGUAUCGCGACACCACCGACGUACACUUGUCAGCUGCCACUUCCUGGAUACGAUCUUCAUAACCAUCACAACCAGCUCUGCCAGGAUAAUGCUACUGGUUACGCUGACUAUAGAAAUGUAACUAUGGUCCCUUGGGCAUCGCAAUUCACCGUUCCCAGCAACUGGACUGCGCAUUCGAUGCAGAAUUGGUUCACCGACGGUUACCAUACUGGCUUACAACUGCCCGUGACGGAACCAUUCGUUCCACUUCAAAACAUCACAGCUCCAGAGUUACUUCUUCCUAGUCAGAGUUUUCCAGCCCCAGAUCACUUUGACGUAUACAACACGCCUGAUCCGACGAAGGAAGAUGACUCAAUGGACGAUACCGCCAGUGAAAGCGAAGAGUCAAACGACGACGACUAUGGCGAGUCAGGGGGUAGUACCGAUGGUCGUACAUCCAAGUCCAGAAGCCAUGCGCUAAUGCCGCGCUUCAUGUUGAGCAAGUGGGAUCUCAGCGGCAUGAGCUCAUAUAAUCGCCAGCAGUCACACUCGUUCUAUUGCCCUCUCAGAGGCCAGACAGACACAAGGGGCAAAAUCUGUAAUGCGAAAUUCGCACGCCCAGAGCACUGUCGCCGUCAUGUAAAGACGGUCCAUGGUGAUGUGAAGGAGUACCGCUGCAAGGUCCAAGGGUGCGAGAGGGCCUUCUCAAGAGGAGACAAUCUCCGGGAUCAUUACUGGACUCAUUUGCAACGCGGCGGCCGGAUUGGCAAAAACGAUAAGAUGUCACUUGCUGAGCUCAAGGAAAUACUGGGCAGAUCAGAGAAGAAGCUGAUUCGCAAGUUGAAGCAAAAAAUGGCAAAGCACAAGGCAAAGCAAUUGAGAGCAGCUGUGAAAACGACAAUAUAA